GAGUACAGACCGCCGCCACGCUAGGCAGCCCGCCGCACAGACCCGUUCCGUCCCGUCCCGUUCCGUGCGCCCCCGACUGCGAGUGAGUUGCGCCCUUCCGCGUUCCCGGCGCCCCUCCCGUGAGUGCGUGUUCGGCCCCGGCCCGGCUGAGUCCUGCCGCUUUUGGUGCCCGCUUUUCCUGCGAGUGUCCUUCCUGUGCGAGUUGUUAAAGUGGUGCUUUUUGCCUCCGGAACCGCGGCAUGCUUUCCUCAGCUCACUGAAAGGUAAUCAAGAUAAUUGUCCACAUCUGUCGCCUGAUAGCAUGACUUAGCGAUGGAUUUUCUAUCACCGGGCUGGUGUGGGAGGGGCCCUCAGGGACGGUGGUGGUGCAUCGCAUCAUGUCUGUCCUGCUUCCUGUCCCUGGUUCUGGCCCAACCAUUGCAGAGCUGCCCGGCUAAUCAGGACAUCUCACCUUGCGUCUGCACCGUCAAGAAGAACGGCCUUGACAUACUCUGCGAGAACACGAACUCGCAUUUCAUAUCACAAACAAUGGCCGUCUUGAAAGGCAAACAAAAUGUAGUGAUAUACUACUUGAAGCUAAGGCAUAAUACGUUGCACAAGCUUCAGGGGUUCGUAUUUUUAGGAAUGGAUAUACGACACCUCACAAUUCAUAACAGCAGUCUAGCUGCAGUAGAAGAAUCAUCACUUAGUUCAAUAGGAAAGAAAUUGACACAACUGGACUUUUCACAAAACGUGCUGAGCCUAGUUCCUUCACCUGCACUCCACUACCUGCACCAUCUGUUAAUACUUAAUUUAAAUCAUAACAAAAUUAGUGCGAUACAUUCGAAUGCGUUUGAGGGGCUUGACACGCUCGAAAUUUUGACCAUGUAUGAAAAUAAAAUAUUCAUUAUAGAGCCUGAUGCAUUCAAAGGACUAGACAAGAAGCUCAAACGAUUAAAUUUGGGUGGUAAUGAACUCACGAGAAUACCAACGGAAGCACUAUCCAUCCUUGACAAUCUGAGGAAGCUAGAAAUGCAAGAAAACCGCAUCACGGAAAUCUCGGAGGGAGAUUUUGCAGGGUUGCGGAAUUUGGACUCUCUCGGUCUAGCACAUAAUCAGCUGAAAGAGGUGCCGGCGAACGUUUUUUCGCAUAUUUCGCUGCUCAACUCUUUGGAGCUGGAUGGUAACCAGAUAGUUCGAAUUGAUGAGAACGCUUUUGCCGGUCUAGAAGAGAACCUGCAGUAUCUGCGACUAGGCGACAACAACUUGCACUCCAUCCCGAGCGACUCGUUGCGACGGUUGCACCGACUGCGUCACUUGGAUCUACGAGCCAACAACAUCUCGUUUAUCCUGGAGGACGCUUUUACCGGUUACGGUGACUCCAUCACGUUUUUGAACCUCCAGAAGAACGACAUCAAAACGUUGCCUCCACUGGUGUUCGAGAAUCUCAACUCACUGGAGACGCUGAACCUGCAGAACAACAAAUUGACCCACGUCCCUGAGGAGGUCACCGAACCGGUUGUCGACACAGUUCGAGUCAUCGAUAUCACCGACAACCCCCUGGUGUGUGAGUGCGAGUUGCGGUGGUUCAAGGCAUGGCUACGCAACCUGCGGGACAAAGACGACGACGAGAUGAUGCAGAAGAAAACGACGAUAUGCACGAUGCCCGACCAGCACCGGGAAUACAACCUCCUUGACAUGCCCAUCGAGCGGAUGGCCUGCAUUGGCAAGAACAUGGAACGGACCGGAACCGGACACGCCGCCCCACUCCUCUCAUCCGCCUCCCGCCUACAACUCCUCUCCGCCUGCCUCGCCUACUACGCCUGCUGCGCCUAAGUUACACCUCAAGACUCCGCUGUAGAGAACAAAUCGGGUACCUAGGAUCAAAACCUGUAAUCCCCAUUGCGUUGCCUAAAAAUUUGCCGAUCAUUCUAAUUUAUUAAGUAGAGAUAGCAGGCAAGUCUCUAUUUGUCUACACUGAAAAAAAGGUUUGGUCGUAUAUGUACCAAAGUUCGGUGUUCUAUAUCAUCCCACCUAAUUCGGUUUGUCAAAUUGAAUUUUCGGUUUAUCCAACCGGACUUUCGGUUCAUCAAACCAAAAUUAUGUGGUAAAGUGAAAUGACGAACAAAGUUUCGUCAUAUAUGUAUGCAGCCGAAGGUUGGGUACACGAACCGAAAGUUCAGUUUGCUAAACCGAAUAUUUGGGAUGAUAUGGAACACGGGACGUUCGGUUCACAUGGCCGAAUUUUUUUCAGUGUACUUUCUCAAGAAUUUUGUACAUGCUCGCGAGAAAAGUAUGACAGUAUUCUACGAACAAAGUCUCAUUGAUUACUCCUUUUAAAAAUUAAAACAUCGGCCAAUAGACGUCGGAAUGCAGAAUGCAGCUUUUGAUCUUCGUCGCUUCAAAAAGAUGAUAAUCACGGAUUAACUUACGCGGCCAUUUUGGAAUCAUUUUCAUGUUUAUGUUACGUCACUGGGGACAGGUUGGAUGGGUAGCAUUUCAGAGCCGGCAAAUUCUCUAAAACAACUGUAAAUCCAAUCGAUUGCUUAAGAUGUUUACGUAAUUUGUGCAGAGAAAAAAAUUCGAUUUAUAUUGAACACCGAACUUUCGUUCGGUCUUAGAAACCGAAAAAUUGGGUCACCUGAUCCAGAGAAUUUCAGUAUUCAAUAUGAAUUGAAGCUCAGAUUCUGCUAUCGAAAUUUUUGCCCUGGUGUACCACCAAAAAUGUUGAAAAAGUGACUGGAUAUUACACUUAAUGAAUUUCGUGUCCACCCGUUGACUUCAGAGAGUACAGAUCCUUACCUCCCAAUCAUCUUCUAUUUUUCCUGUAAAGGUCAGAGCUAACAGUCCGGACAAAAAGAGACCAACAAUAAGAAGGCAGAGAGUUACACAACACAUGGGAAAAUAGAUAAUCAGGGCUCUUUUCCACGGAGAAAAUGUUAUGGUGAUCGGAUCAGAUGAAUAAGUGUAAAGGUGACCUUUUUAGGUGAAUCGAUCCUUUAAUAUAAUGAUGACAGGCUAAUUUAAUUAAUAAACUAUUAAAAACAGGUUUGAAACAUGUUAUAAAAAACCGGGUGUCAGUUUAAAAAGUAGUAAUUGUUAUGCUCAUUCGGAGAGAAAUUAGUAAAAUUGCACCAUAAAGUGUCGUAGGACGGAGACAAAUGACAAUAUGAACCUUGUCCCUGUUUACUAAUGAAAAUUAAAAACUCCUGCAAACGGUCGACUAUGCAAUUUUACUCGCAGUUAGAAAUUGUGCAGCAGUGCCCGUCUCAGUAAUUGAAGGAGUUUCUUGUACCCGGUGAUACAAAA